AUGUCACAAACAAGUAGUGUUACUGAUCAAACUGCUGCACCAGUUAUUAUUGAUCUACCUGGUGUUGGCAAAAAUUUACAAGAUCAUCUUUCAACUAUUCUUAUUUAUUUAAGUAAAAUAUCGACACUUUCUGCUCGUGAUUUGACGCAGGAAAAUCUACAACGAUGGGCAACUGAAGGAAAAGGUCUUCUCACAUCAUGUAUUAUUGAAUCACAGGGAUGGUAUCAAUUCAAUAAAACUGAUAAAACACAAGUGCCUGAUACUCAAAUACAUUUACUUCCAGCAACAGCUGAUACUAAACUUAUAAAGAAUUCAAAUUUGAAACCAGAAAUAUAUGAACAAUAUCUGGAUUCACAUCUUUCUGAUCGGCAACAAGCGACAGUUUUCUGUCUUCCUACAUUACUUCAUCCAAAAUCAAAAGGUGAAAUAACUUUAGCAAGUCGUGAUCCAUUUAUACAUCCAAUUAUCAAUCCAAAUUACUUAGAAAAUAAACAAGAUGUUCAAAUAUUAGUUGAAGGAUGUAAAUUAGUUGAAAAAAUUUGUCACACUGAACCACUAAAAGAUAUACUUCAAUCAUUAGCGAAAGAAAUGAAUGGAAAUGAAAUAAUAGAUCAUGAUGAAGAUACAUUUUGGGAAUCAUAUGUUCGAAAAUAUAGUGUUACAAUCUUUCAUCCAGUGGGAACAUGUAAAAUGGGAAAAGAACAAGAUGAAAUGACAGUUGUCACACCGGAUACAAAAGUUAAAGGUGUAAGGGGUCUUCGUGUUAUUGAUGCAAGUAUCAUGCCAAGUAUUGUAUCAGGCAAUACAAAUAUUCCAACUAUUGCAAUAGCAGAAAGAGCAGCAGAUUUAAUUAAAAACAUUUAA